AUGAGUUCUUCUAAAGAAGAAGAAGAAGCAAAACGAGCAAUCCAAGAUGCUAAAUCCAUGAUUAGAGACGGUAAAUACAAAAAUGCAAAAGCAAAGAUACAAGAGACAAUCAAUAUCCCAUCUUCAUCCACAGAAUCAGAGGUGGAAUCUCGUUAUCAAACACUCAGGGCUCAUUUGGUUACAGUCAGAUGCCACCAAAUCAGAGGUACAGAUAAUGCUAUUAAAGAGCUAGAUUUAGCCAUGUCUUCUAUGUACAAGGAAAACUACCCUAAGGUUGAUAGAAAACGUAGGGCGCCUUCUCGUUAUAUUUCUGAAGAUGAAGAUGAAGAUGAAUAUACUUAUGCUGCUCAGUCUGCUGAAGAUGAAGAUGAGAACAAAGCCACUGACGAGGAGAACGCUGAUUCCGAUGAUGAUGACGGUGGUGGUGGUGGUGAUAGCGAUGAGAGCUAUGAAGACAAAAUCAAGAAUUUGGAUGGUAAAAUUAGGGAGGAAAUGCUGCAAUUGGCGAAUGUUCAAUGUAGGAUCUCCAAGUUAAAGAGUGAAAAACAAGUGGUGGAAGCUCAGCAUUGUAGUUUCAAAUCGGAAAUGGCUAGUCUUAAGUCUAAGCUGAGUAAUGGAGAUUUAUGCAACAUGGUGCAAAUGGAGGAGGUUGAAGAUAAUUGCUGA